GAAAUUCAAAUGAAAAAUAUUUUAUAUCAUUUUGGGAAAAUAACUAAACAUACUGAUCGUAUGAUUCAAGUAUUCCAUGAUAUCAUCGGCGAAUUUCCUUUAUUUGAUCUCAACGAUAGUGGCAAGAAUCCAGAAGAAUUUGUUAAAAAAUAUUUUCAGGCCACUACUUCUGCUAUUUUCAUUCUUCUAUUACCUUUAUCACUACUCUGA